UUGAUUCCGUAACUAAGGUACUUUCGAAAAAUGCCAAUAAACAUUUCUGUCCGAACGUCCAGAUUUUUUUCAAAAAUAUUCGUCGUUACAAGACAACAAUGUAUUAGACCGAGCAGCCGACAUGAGAAGAAUCACGACCGCCCCAAGUAAUGACAGCGAGGUUAGCGACCAGCGUCACCUCACGAAGACCCACUCUGCUGGCAGGCCGGGUGGAGAUAGCCCCGGCACGGACCUGACAGACUGGAGCACCUUCAAGGACCUCCACAACCAGGUCAUGCAGCUGCUCUCCACCAAGCUCAGCCCCUUAAACAUCAAGCGGCGCAUGUCUAAACUGGACCUCCUUAGAAAGUGUUCCUUCUACCUGGAGGUCGUGCCCAGGGAAGUGCUCCUGACACCGGACGCACAGCAGGGACCGAACUACUUCUUCAACUCCACCCUCGUCCACCUGAUCGACCCCUGGAAGUUCCUGCGUAUGAAGAAGCUGGGCCACAGUCAGGUGUCCAUCCAACUGAGCCUGCUGGAGGCGCUCCACGAGCAGCUUUGCGGGGCCAAAUUGGAAAUGGAGGCCAUUGCCAGUCAGAGUGACUAUGGCGAUAGAGAGGUCGACCGCAUAAAGCUAAGGAUAGCAGAGGUAACUGAGGCUUUCGUGGACUUUGACCAGGCCCUGAUACCUGGACCGCUGCAUACAAAGCACCGUAUUCUCACAGAGAUGGACAGCACCAAAGUGCCCCCGAUCCACAUAAGGCUGUCCGUCAAGAUGCCUGUGAUGUUCCACAAGUCGCGUUCGGAGGCCCUGACCAACUGCGCCCGGCUGCGCUGGGAAAUCGCCGGCGGGGAGAAGCUGGGGCCCGGGGAGCACUUUGAGAUCCACUACAAGCUCCUGCGGCCGGCCAACGCAGAAGAAGGGAACCAGCUAGGGACGAUGACCAGCGAGGCCUGCCACAUUCAGGUCAACAACCUGUUGCCACUGAAGUGCUAUGAGUUCACAGUGAAGCGGGCAGACACGGCAUCCCUGGUCUACGGCUUCUGGAAUGACACCAUCGUGCUCAGGACCACGGCCGUCUCCCCAGGGGGCCUCACCGGAAGCCAGGAGAAGAGAAGGAGGCUGUUUCGUUCGUAGUGAGCUGUUGCAGCACGAGUGCGUAGCUAUAUGAAAGGGAAUAGGUUUUAACUUUUUUUUUUUAAUAAUUAAAUAAGUUGUCGAAAUCUUUCCAGUUUGGUGCCUGGUACAUAACAAAAAAAGGAAUAUUGUCCUAGAGAACAUGAUAUGUCCGCCUCCUUUAAAUAUUGUCU